AUGAAGCAGCCAAAGCAACUCAGCUCCGUCGACAAUCUCCCUGAUGCCGCUACCUACAGACGGAUUGCCGGUGCUCUGCAAUAUCUCACAAUCACAAGACCUGAUAUAGCUCACGCCGUCAAUACUCUCUCUCAGCAUCUCCAAAUUCCGGAACAAAUUCACCUAUAUCUGCUCAAGAGGUUACUCCGAUAUAUAAAAGGCACCAUUAACUACGGUCUUCCCAUCAGCAAAUCAUCUCUAACGCUUCGCACCUACUCCGACGCUGACUGGGCCGGUGAUCCCGUAACGAGAAAAUCUACAUCCGGUUUCUGCACUUUCCUCGGCUCAACCAUCAUUUCCUGGACUGUCAAGAAACAAACGACAGUCUCUCGGUCGUCCACUGAAUCUGAAUACAGAGCCUUAGCUGCGGCCACCGCGGAUACCAUCUGGCUAAAAAGGCUUCUCGCUGAUUUUCAGAUCAGUCACGACGAACCAGUCUCGGUGUUCUGCGAUAACACAUCGGCGAUUGCUCUGGCAAACAAUCCGGUGUUUCACGCUAGAACGAAACACAUAGAGAUCGACCAGCGAUUCAUUCGGGAUCACAUUCAGCAACGCACAAUAAAUCUGCUACCCAUCAGCACCGUCGACCAACUCGCAGAUAUUCUCACCAAACCGCUUCCUACUCUGCGCUUCAAGCAACUCAGGCUCAAACUGACGAUCGACGACGAAUCGGCAGUUUGCGGGGAGCUGUUAACACCUAAGUAA